GAUUCGAUCCACAGGCGCGUGGAAUCUGCAGGGAUUCCUCUUUGCUCUGACAUCGGGGUCUGUCCUCCACUCAACUGCACGGGCCGAGAGACACAGACAGACACAGGCAGACAGACAGGCAGAGACACACAGAGACACACACAGACAGACAGAGCACCGCAGGGAUGAACACGCUACUAUCACGGCUGAACGCGCUCUUUGCGUUCACGCUCACCGUCAUGGCGAGCGUGACGUUGCUCUGCUUCGCCAGCACCGCCUACCGCCAGCAGCAGCCGCUGCCCCAGCCGCUCGGCAUCGCCAUCACGUCCGUUCUCGUGAAGAACGUGGAGGACUUCACGGGGCCGCGGGACAAGAGCGACCUCGGCUUCGUCACCUUCGACCUGAAGGCCGAUAUCCUUCCGCUCUUCAACUGGAACGUGAAACAGCUGUUCCUGUACGUGACGGCCGAGUACACCACGGCGGCCAACGCAGUGAACCAGGUGGUGCUGUGGGAUCGCAUCGUGCUGCGGGGUGAGAACGCCUCGCUGCACUACCACAGCCUGCGCUCCAAGUACUUCUUCUUUGACGACGGCAACGGGCUGCGGGGUAACCCCAAGGUGUCUCUGUCCCUGUCGUGGAACGUGAUCCCCAACGCCGGAGUUCUGCCGCUGCUGUCGGGCACUGGGGCCUCGUCGGUGCGAUUCCCAGACAGCUACGAGACCACCAAGACCUACUGAGCCACAAGCUACUCACCACCACUCACCACCACUCACCACCACCACGCUCACCACACACAGAGACCACCAAGACAUACUGAGCCACAAGCUACUCACCACCACCGCUCACCACGCUCACCACCACGCUCACCACCACGCUCACCACACUCACCACACACAGAGACCACCAAGACAUACUGAGCCACAAGAUCCUCACCACCACUUACCACCACGCUCACCACCACCGCUCACCACGCUCACCACGCUCACCACCACCACCACCACGCCCACCACUCUCCAGACACAAACCAAGAACUACUGGCGAUCAUUCACUACGUAAACCACACUCACCACACACAGACCUGUAGACUCACCACACACAGACCUAUAGACUCACCACACAGAGACCUCGACUCAUCACACAGAGACUCACAGACUCGCCACACCAGAGAGCCAUAGACUCACACAGAAACCCAUAGACUCAGUACACAGAGACCCACAGACUCACAAGGAGACCCCGAGCCUCACACAGAGACCCACAGACUCACACAGAGACCCACAGACUCACACAGAGACCCGCAGACUCACCACACAGAGAGCCACAGACACACAGAGAGACCCGCAGACUCACACAGAGACCCACAGACUCACACAGAGACCAACAGACUCACACAGAGACCCGCAGACUCACACAGAGACCCGCAGACUCACACAGAGACCCACAGACUCACACAGAGACCCACAGACUCACAGAGACCCGCAGACUCACACAGAGACCCACAGACUCACACAGAGACCCACAGACUCACACAGAGACCCACAGACACACACAGAGACCCACAGACACACACAGAGACCCACAGACACACACAGAGACCCGCAGACUCACACAGAGACCCACAGACUCACCACACGGAGAGCCACAGACACACACAGAGACCCGCAGACUCACAGAGACCCACAGACUCACAGAGACCCGCAGACUCACACAGAGACCCACAAACACACACAGAGACCCACAGACUCACCACACGGAGAGCCACAGACUCACCACACGGAGAGCCACAGACUCACACAGAGACCCGCAGACUCACACAGAGACCCACAGACUCACACAGAGACCAACAGAAAUAACACGAACACAGAUUAUUCGGUGAUAGUGCCGUUGGCAGCAGUGCAUGAAGCACAUUUUUCAAAAAAAAGAACUCAACUCUUCCGUCAGUAGCGCUGUGCUGUGCACGCAGACUUCAAAUUAAAUAUCUAUUCAUGAGGCAACGUUUCUAGCAAUAGCCAGCGAUCUAAAACUAAACUACGUUUGGCAUCACACACAGCAGGCUUUCAAGACCCAAUAUUAUCCACGAGAGAGGUUUUUGGUUGGUGAGAUCGCGUUAAUAUGUGUCGUUAAAUACGCCACCACCACCCAGAUUUGCACGGUCGUAAGCGCGCAAGCAAGCAAGCGAGCGAACUUAAUAUAAAGGAUUUUUUAAAAAAUCGAUCUGCAGUGGCGUCGUCAUCGUAGUAAACCAGACACUGGGCCGUCCAUUAUAUUUGAAUGCCGCACGAACUGGCGGUUGUGGCGUUAUCGGCGGAUGUGUUGAGUUCCAUUUUUUUAGAAUAAGUAAGCGAAUAGAAACGUGGAACAACGAAAAAACUGCUGCGUCCGGGGAGAAAUCAAAAGCGCGCACACGCACACGUCAACAAGUGUUGAAAUAAAAAUACAUUUCCUCCGUAAGGAAAAAGUUU